GCCCUAAAUACAAGCUUUGCUUCAAAGGAGUUUCAGGCGGUUUGGGCGGUUUGGGUGCUUCUUCGUUCGAUUCCAACUCUCUGUAGGUGCUAAUUUAUUCUAUAUUACAAAUUCCAGAUUUUGAGGAUGUUGUCUAUUGAUCCGACAAAAAAAAUAUCAUUUAGUCGUCACAUUUGUGAAGGAGAUUUGGUUAUUGUCUAUGAGAGGCAUGACAACAUGAAAGCUGUUAAAGUAAGUCAGGAAUCAGUACUUCAGAACCGGUUUGGUGUAUUCAAACAUUCGGAUUGGAUUGGAAAGCCUUUUGGAUCCAAGGUGUUUAGCAACAAGGGUGGUUUUAUUUACUUGUUAGCUCCUACUCCUGAAUUGUGGACUCUGGUUCUAAGUCAUAGGACUCAGAUUCUCUAUAUUGCGGAUAUUAGCUUUGUGAUCAUGUACUUGGAAAUAGUUCCUGGUUGUUUGGUUCUGGAAUCUGGGACUGGAAGUGGAUCUUUAACUACGUCUCUUGCAAGGGCUGUUGCUCCUACAGGACAUGUCUACACAUUUGAUUUUCAUGAAGAAAGGGCUGCCUCAGCCAGGGAGGAUUUUGAGAAGACAGGAAUAAGCAGCUUAGUCACUGUGGGAGUUAGAGAUAUUCAAGGUGAAGGUUUUCCAGAUGAAUUUUCUGGGUUAGCAGAUUCCGUCUUCCUUGACCUACCCCAACCUUGGCUGGCCAUUCCUUCGGCUGGGAAAAUGUUGAAACCAGAUGGGGUUUUGUGCUCCUUCUCCCCAUGUAUUGAGCAAGUACAACGAGCCUGCGAUUCUCUUAGAUCCAACUUUACUGAUCUAAGGACAUUUGAGGUACUUCUUCGUACUUAUGAAGUUCGAGAUGAAGGCAACCUCGGGUCUCUUCCCGGUAAGAAGCGGCAGCGUUCAAGCAAGGGAAGCAUUGUGCUGGAAAAUUCGAGUUCUCCCAUAGUCAUGGCUAGACCAUGCAGUGAGGCAAAAGGUCACACUGGCUAUUUGACAUUUGCAAGACUCAAAUGUCUCUCAUUAUGAGGCCACUCUUCAAUUUUGUAUGAUAGCAAGAGUUUUUAUUCUUGUAUCUGCUUCGUAGGUUCACUCCAGGCAUUCCUUCCGUCAUUCUUGAGUUUUGAGAUUCUUGAUUGAUUAUUUGAGCCUGGCUUUGAUUGUUUCA